GCGCGCGCUGUUUGAAAGGGAGUGCUUUUUUCACGUAUUUCACGUUUUUGACAAAUCGCUGUUUUGUUGUGUUAUUCACUUCAAGAACAUUUAAAAAAAACUUUAACUUGACUUUUGUCUGUUAAGUUUUGAUUUUAACCACUUAUAUAGUCUAUAUUGGGUAAAUUGUCUUGGCUGUUUCCAGUAGAAGUUCAUUAUGUCAAAAGUACCACAUAAAUGUAAUAGGGCGGAGUGUUACUUUUUGGUAGAUGAUGGAAUACAGUGUAAUAACUGUGAAAAGUGGUAUCAUAAGAUGUGUACUGGAUUACGUCCAGCUGCAUACAAACGUUGUACUGCUCCAACAUCCCACUGGAUGUGCAGAAUGUGUUGUUCCCCAAAGAUGACCUUAAUAAGGGAGGCUCACGAACUGCUGUCUAAAGCCAUGGAACUUCCUGAUGAUAGCGUGGCUAGUAAGAGUGACACGGACUGCCCGUCUGAAGAUGAAGCAGUAAGUGCCAUCAUGAAUGUUAUCACACCGGCGGUUACUAUCCCAGUUACCCCGGAAGUAAAACCUACUAGGCGUUCGAAGCGUCUUAGUAAGCGAAAAGGUAACAAAACGGAAGCUGUAAACAGCAUCUCAGAACCAGAGAACACCGUAAGCGAAGUUCACCAUGAAGGUGGUGCAGACACUGAUCUUGAUUGUACCAUCAAAAACUGCAGCAGCCCUGAGAAGCAACUGCAGGCAGAUGAUAAAUGGGUAACAAAAAUAAGCAGUCGGAAGAAAUAUAGUAAUAUUGAUGGUAGGCAAACGUCUGUCACCUGUAGCCAGGCUGCAUCAAUAGUGGUGAGAAAGGACGUAGCCACUGCUAAAUACGACAAGCUCUCCUUAGACUCUAACAUAAUUGUUGGAAAUUUGGAAGAGUCCAAAGAAUCUGAUCCCGUGAAAAGGCACGAUCACGACCUUAAAUUAGUGAGUAGUAUUAUAAGGAAGAUGCUCCCAGCGAAUUUCCCUGGAGUAUCGAUUAAAAAGCUGAUUAGAAUAGGCAAAAGAGAUGAUGAAUGUUCUAGUCAGCGUAGGUUGCUUAAAGUAGUCUUAGGUUCUCCUGAUGAACGGAAUCAUCUACUGGCUAAUGUACACAACCUUGCCGGGUCAGGAAUUUCAGCCAGACCUGAUUUAUCUCUUGAAGACAGACUUAAACGAAAAGAAGUUUUGUCCCAGCUAGAAACAAGACGUAAAAAUGGUGAGACUAACCUUAAACUGGUGGGUUUUCAAAUAGUCAGGUCUUGGAAACGUAUGCUUCCAAGACCUGUGUGGAUAAGCCAGACCGCAUAGGAAGCCUGAAGGUAGUGUACACUAAUAUACGUAGUAUCGGGAACAAAUUUCACGAGCUAGGUGUAUUAGUAGAAGACCUUAGCCCAGGUAUUGUGGCCAUUACUGAAACAUGGCUGGUUUCGGGAUUAGAUGACACACCUGAGCUAUGCGGAUUUAGUUGCUUGCGCAGCGACAGAGUUAAGGGUCGUAGAGGUGGCGGGGUUGCUCUGUACAUCAACAACUCCCUACAUGUUCGUUCCGUGAAAUCUGAAGCUCAUGACAGUGGGACAGGUGAGGUAAUUAGCUGUGAAGUAAGCUUUGCAACCGGCACUCUACUCAUUGGAGUUCUGUAUAGAAGUCCCUAUUGUCAGUGUGAUGACUUCAUUUUAGAUCACCUCAAACAAUGGAGUAAACACAGUAGCUGUCUUAUUCUAGGUGAUUUUAAUGCACCUCAUAUAGACUGGGUAGCUGUCACAUCUCCAGGAUCCGCUGAUAAGUUUGACAGCCGGUUACUCUUGACAACCAUGGAAAAUGCCCUGACACAACAUGUCUUAGGUAGUACAAGAUUCGGUUCUACCCAAGGAUCUUCCUUGCUGGACUUAGUGCUUACUCAUGACAACGACGACGUGGAUGGUCUAGUUAUUCAUCCACCUCUAGCAAACAGUGAUCAUGGGGUGUUAGAUUUUAACUUAAGGGCUGGCAAUUUAGUCAGUUUUCAACCCAAAUCCCGGCCUAGUGUUUGGCAUGCUGACAUAGUGGCUAUAAAGGAGCGUGCUUCAACUGCCGACUGGUCAGUCAACAUUGUCUCAUCCAUUGAAGAUGAAUGGGAUAGAUUUAAGAAUACACUUGAGAGGGUUACCACUGAUCUCAUCCCCUGGAGGGUUCCUAAAAGGCCAACAAAUCGGCCACCAUGGAUAAAUAGACAAGCUAUAACACUCCUGAGACGGAGAAAAAGGUUCUGGAAUCUCUUUGUUUCUACUGGGCUACAGCAGUUCCGGCUGAAAUACUGUGAAACCAGAAACCAGUGUAAAACUUUGAUCCACCAGUCAAGGAUAGCUUACGAAACCCAGUUAGUUAAAAGUUCACCAGGCUGCCCAAAAAGACUCUUCUCAUAUAUCAAGAGAAGAACACGUAAGAGUGAUGCUAUCCCACCUCUUAUGCUUGAAGAUGACCAGACAAACAUGGCUGAGGAUAACUUGACUAAGGCUGAGGCUUUGUCCAAGCACUUUAGUCAAGUAUUCUCUGAUAAUAUUGAUACCAGCUUUGUAAAUUUUCCAGAAGGUAACUUGAAAAUGGCACCCUUAUACAUUGGAAAGGAUACUGUCCUAAAGUGGCUUCUAAGGCUCAAUCCUGGUAAGUCCAGUGGCCCUGAUGAACUCCACCCACGUAUAUUAACAGCAUUGGCUGAAAGCAUAGCCGAGCCAUUGUCGGUAAUCUUCAAUAUGUCUCUGGACCAGUCUAAAUGUCCAAGAGACUGGAAAGAUGCCAUCAUUAGUCCGGUCUUCAAAACCGGAUCUAGAAACUUAGUUCAGAACUAUCGUCCUGUUAGUUUGACCAGUAUUGUUGUUAAACUACUAGAAAGAAUAAUUCGUGAUGCUAUCAUUCAGUUCAUUGAAGGGAACAAACUUUUCGCUGUGGAACAGCACGGUUUUAGAGCAGGUCAUUCUUGCUUGACCAACCUUCUUUUGGCCAGAGAAAGUUGGGCAAGCUCAGCUGAUGCUAAUAUACCGGUGGAUGCCAUAUUCAUAGACCUUAGCAAGGCGUUUGACAGGGUUUCUCAUUCAGGUCUUCUAGUAAAGUUAGGUAGUCUGGGAAUCAAUAAAGUGGUUACCGACUGGAUUCAAGACUUUCUAAAGGACAGAAGACAAAGAGUACGAGUUAACGGGGUUUUAUCAACAUGGGAAUCGGUUAAGAGUGGCGUUCCUCAGGGUACAAUUCUAGGCCCACUUCUUUUCCUGAUUUAUGUUAAUGAGAUUCCAUCGGUAGUUAAGUCAUCCUGCUUACUGUUUGCUGAUGACAUCAAGAUAUGGAGGGCUUUGCACGAUGACAGUGAUCAACUUGCUUUGCAGGAAGAUUUAAACUUGUUAAGUGAUUGGUGUAAGCACUGGGCCUUGGAGAUUAACUUAAGCAAGAGUGUAGUUAUGCAUGUAUCCCAUAGUCACGUGCACAAUUACUCAAUGAAUGGCAUUACUCUCCCAGUGGUCACUGAGUACAAGGACUUGGGAGUGGUUGUGCAGCAUGACUUGAAAACAGCAACAAACUGUAGAACUGCAGCCACUAAGGGUUUUCGAAUGUUAUGGGCCAUACGCAAGGCUUUUGCGAACUUUGACGCUGAUAUAUUUCGUAUAUUAUAUCCGACUUAUAUCAGACCUCAUUUGGAAUAUGGGAUCCAGGCAGCGAGCCCGUGUUUCAAAUACGAAAUAGACUUAUUAGAAAGGGUGCAAAGAGUAGGAACUAAGCUAAUAAAGGGUUUCUCAACCCUGUCAUAUGAGGAGAGGUUAAGUCGACUGGGUUUAUUUCCACUGUCAUACAGACGACUUAGGGGUGACCUAAUACUAGCAUACCGUAUCCUAAGAAAUGAUUUUGGAGCUAAUUUAUCUAAAUUAUUUCUUCCUUCUAGCACCAACCAAUUGCGAGGACAUCACCUCAAGGUUCAAAAACCACGGUCGAAUCGUCUGCGUCUGGAAAUCCGUUUUUCGCAUCGAAUUGUGAACCAUUGGAACUCCCUACCGGAACACGUCGUAUCAGCGCCAUCCGUUGAUUCAUUCAAGGCGAGAUUGGACCUCCUGUAUGCAAUAAAUCGAAAGGAUUAACACAGGCAUAUAGCCUACUAUCCUAAAUAAACUGUAUACUGUAAUAUUUUCUGUACACAUUAAGAUUAUGUCUUUCAUGUAAGUGACGGGAAUGGUUUCAUGAAGGGGAACAUUGGUGAUUAAAGAUUCUACGUCAAUUGAACACAUAACCUUUUCCUUAAUGUUCAAGGUGUCUAGCAUUUCUGUAAGAUCAAAUGAACUUUUUAUAGAAUGAUUUGAUAAUGAGUCUCUUACAGGCGUAAGGACCUGUGAAAUCCAUUUGGCGAUUUUAUGGUAAGGGCCCAAAAAAUAUGCACGAGUGACACACUGAUGGAUGAGCUUCGACAUGUACAUUCAGUUUUAUUAGCUAAUGGUUAUCCGGAGAGCUUUAUCACUUGUCACAGCAAAGAAAAAUCACAUCUCGAAAAGACAGCUUCUGUACCAAAGAAAGCUAUCUUCAUUAAUCUACCAUUCAAGGACGACCAGAUUAUGCAGUUGACAACUCAAAGACUUCGGUCAGCCAUCAAACGCACAUUCUACGCCGCAUCUCUUUUCCUCACUUGCCGAACAUUUUCGAUCCCUGUUCCUACGAUUAAAGGACGAAAUUCUGUGGACUCUACUUCAAACUGUAUCUACAAGUUCACCUGCAGUUGCGGGGACACCUAUAUAGGUAGAACUAACAGAAUGUUCCAAUGUCGUCGGAAAGAACAUAUUCCAAAAUGGCUAGUAAAUCAUAUCGAAAAUCCUAACGCGAUUAAUCUGAAUAGAAAUCCAGCAUCAUCCAUUGCAAAACACAUAUUAAUGUCUGGUCACAAAAUAAAUAUUAAUGACUGUUUCACAAUUAUUUCACAUAACUCUAAUUCAAGGUUAUUGAAGGUGAUGGAAGCACUUUGGAUUAAUCCCAUACAGCGUAAACUGUGUGUACAAAAAUCAAUAGACUUCAAUCUUCGCCUACCCUGGACUGCAUGACCUACCUAAAUAUGAUUGGUCAUUAGUAUGUACUUUUGCUUUUUAUUUAACUGAGUAAUUUUCAUGAACUUUAUUUUAACAUUGUUAACCAUGUUAGUUGUAAAGCGGUUGUAAAGAAACUACGAAAUGAUAUCAUCUCGCG